ACAACGCAUGCUGCAAUCAUUGCUCGCAGGCCACCAGCCUGAUUUCGAAUGCUCUGGGUCUGGUAACAUUCCGAAUCAGGCCAGCAGGGAACACUUGUUCUUCCAAACGUUAGCCCAGGCCACAAGGCAAUGGCGCGCAUGCCUCAGGAAUCCCCCGCACAUCUGUGGCCAUGUUUUAGUCUUCGGACGUCGUGAAAUGCGCGCGCACACUCACACACACACACAGCGCGAGAGAGGGCAAGUGUUAUUAAUAGCAAAGCGUUCACCGCUGGUACAACAGAGUGACUUUUCAACCUGCCUUUCCCCCUGAGUGAAGCAUGGCGUCGUCGAAGUUCCCCUAUUCUAUCAUAUUCCUCAGAGGACCUGCACUCGUUUCUUGGGACUGCACAUGACAGAGUGCAUGCCAUCUGCCUCAUGCCUGUCGACUGUCAAGCGGACUCGGCAUCCGACCGACAGUGCAGGCGAGCUCACAACACCAUGACAAAUUGGCCGCAUAACCCUAACCGGGGAAGCAGCAUGGAUGACGACACUUGAUCAGGGACAGAGAUCCAGUUCCCCGAUCGGGGAGGAGGCAAGGAGCAAGCCGCGUUGUUUCUGAUCCCCGUGUGAGUGAUCGAGGCGUGGUGGUCUGCCAUACACGGAGAAAAGCACACGGCGACCGAACGUCUCCGGAUUUGUCAUUUCUAAGCCUCGAGUCCAUAAGGUGCGGAUAUUA